AUGGAGGCAGGCGGCCAUGGCGUUCAACAAGGAAGAAAAUGGGGGCGGUGGAAUAAACUGUUGGACAUGGAGGAGGCCAAGAACCAGGUCCUGUUUUUCUUGCCAAUGAUUCUUACCAAUGUUUGCUAUUACACGAUCCCCUUGAUAUCUGUCAUGUUUGCUGGUCACCUUGGUGAGCUUGAGCUUGCUGGUGCCACACUUGCCAAUUCAUGGGCCACCGUUACCGGUUUCGCUCUCAUGUGUAUUUUGUUAGAGAAUUAUCAUGGAGGCAGGCGGCCAUGGCGUUCAACAAGGAAGAAAAUGGGGCAGUGGAAUAAACUGUUGGAUAUGGAGGAGGCCAAGAACCAGGUCUUGUUUUUCUUGCCAAUGAUUCUUACCAAUGUUUGCUAUUACACGAUCCCCUUGAUAUCUGUCAUGUUUGCUGGUCACCUUGGUGAGCUUGAGCUUGCUGGUGCCACACUUGCCAAUUCAUGA